AUGACAAGAAACUCACGUCCGCCUCCUUUGCAGGCUCUCGGUUUACAGAUUUCUUCGAAAUUAAAAUCAGGCGAAGAGGAUGGAUUCAUGAGUUCUAGUCUAACGCUUGAUAGUGAUACCAUCUUAAGUGGCAGCGAAAGCAACGGUCAAGAAUUUUACUCUACAUGGCGAAAACCGUCCCAAUUAAGCAGCCGCAGUGUAUUACAUGAAUACUCCCCUACAAUUGUAGGAUCUAAUGAUGGCACUUUUUCACCUAUAGUCGUACAAAAAUCUACGAAAUUUUUUAAUUGGGAUAAUAUUAUUUCAAGAAUUUUCAUGCAACAGCCAUUUAGUGUAACACAUCAAUUCUUUGAAGAAUUUCAAUAUUCGAUUAUCACUUCUCAUUUUUUGAAUGAUAUGAACCAUUAUAGGUUAUCAUUACAUCUCAAUCAAUCAAUUAUGAAUUUUCACAAAAGCUCGGCUUUGCUGAAGAAGGUACCUCCUAAAUCCUUACCCUUUAUGGCGACAAAAUAUGGUAAAUUGGCAGUAGUAGAGAACAAAAAAUUAUACCUUAAACAAAAUUUCAAUUACCUUUCCAUGAUUAUAAUUUCUUAUCGAGUACUCAGACUAUUGAAAAAAUACUGUACAAAAAAAAAUAGUCCAAGUCUGAAGAGAGUUGUAGGUUCAAUACUCGUAGCAGUGUAUUUAUCAAUCCAGCAAGAAUACUUUCGAAGACAUUUGGUUUGUUAUAAAACUUUAUUAAAGAUACGGAAGGUGCUCGAAUCCUUACAACAAGUAGACGUAAUGAUCCAUAAAUAUCAUCUACGAUUUAAAGAAAUAAAAAAUCAGAGGUUUAUAUCAAGAGUGUCUCUUAUUUCAAACGCUGACGAGCACUCAUCUGUGAUAGAAGAGCUUUUAAUAUUCUCAAGUGACGCACUGUUUUACAAACUCAAAACGGUCAUUCCUGAUAUCGUCAUCUUUAGCGAUACAAGUGAGCUUUCGAAGUACUGUGAAUUAUACGGCAUUGAUGUAUCAAUUCUUUACUAUAACAGUACUGCUACAGUCAAAGACCUUGAUGGUAAGAUUUACCGUCUAAAACUGCUAAAGAAAUUCAUGCUCUGCUGUUUAUUGUCUUUAAAUAUGACAGGCAAGGCGAAUUUUUCAAAUUCAAGUAUGCAAAAUGCCCUAAACAAAAUAUUUCCUGAUUAUACCGUAAAGGUGCAGUUGAAAAAAACAUAUAAUCCAAUAGGUACAUUCCAAAAUAUAGUCAGUCUUUUAAGAGAGCUACAUUCGCUACUUUCAGUUGUCCUAGUGUCUUUGAAUGACCAUAAGCAAAUAUUGUAUGCUUUUCCAGAAGAAGCGUUAACUACUAUCGGUAAUGAAGGGAUUAAUGUAUGCUCAUUUUCAAAGAGUGAUGAAUUGUUUCAAGCGUUGAAUUACCUAAAAGCAAUCGAGAACAAUUUAUUAUCCAUUGACGUUCGAAAUGGAAUAACAGAGAAUGAUAGGAACAUCAUUGAGGAUAAGUUGGAGGAGCUGACUACUUUCUGGAAAACCUCGAAAGCUUGUAACAAUAUUGCCAAGAUAAAAAAGGUACCGACAACCAAUACAAUCAACCGUGGUUUUCAUCUAGAUAUCCUCAAAGGCAGGAAAUCUCCCUGUUCUUCGCCAGUAAAAGGUCUUAGUUUAGAAAGGAAAGUUGACUUCAUAGAUGUUGAUGAAUCGGAGAACGAAUCUCUUGAAAACCACACCGAAUUAGAGGACUGUGAAGAUUACGACGGCCAAGAGGAAUAUGCUAGUGGCAUGCACGAAAACCACCGUGUAGGCUUCAACGGAAGUAAUAAUUUUGAGAGACCAGAUUUCAAGCAAUUAUCCGACAACGAAUUGCGACGCAAAUUAGAUGAAAGAAUCUUAAAAUUAGCUCAAGAGAACCGUGAAGGUAGGGAAAGAUUACGAACUGCAAAGUCAUUUGAAUUGCUAAGGAGAACCCAAGCUCCCAUUCCUGUACAGUUUGGUUUCCAGAAACCAUUAAAAGGAUAUGCCUUUCCUGAGAGCAGGCCUCUCAGUAAAUGCAAAGUAUCUUCGGAAGAAACUAUUCCCAUUAUGUACGAAUUAGAAGGAUUGCUAGGAAAUGAUUCAUGA